AUGAAAAGUGCUUUGAUAUAUAUAUCAUUAUCAUUCGUGGUAGUGUUGUUUUCAAGUGGAAUUUAUGAGUGUGAAGGUCAAGAUCCAGAGGCUAUCCCUCCGGCAGCAGAAAGCUGUGAUGGGGUUUUCAUUUCCUAUGAUUUCAACAGCAGAAGAAAGGAAUUCCCUCGCCUCAGGAACGUGACGGCACAAUCUUGGGCCUUCAAUGCCACUGCAACAGUUCUUAACACAGGCACCGAAGUAGUUAAAGCAUGGCAAUUGUUCGUAGGGUUUCAACACGAUGAGAUUCUAGUCUCUGCCACUGGAGCUAUUUUAUUCAAUGGAGCUGGCUUCCCUGCUUCGGUUGAAAAUGGCGCUAUCUUUGUUGGUAAUGCUCUGCCAGAUUUGGAAACUUCCAUCGACACAGCCGAAGAUUUGUCUCAAAUUCAGGUUCCCAUUCAACUUCUUGGCACCCAGUUUGGAGUUAAGCCUCCUGCAAUUCCUAUGCCUAAAACCAUAAAGUUGGUCAAUGAUGGAUACAAGUGCCCCCAACCAGGAAUCCGCAAGAGUUCCAUGUGGGCAUGCUGUAAAAAAGACCGUAAACGCAAGUCUACACUGUUGAAGACAAAAUUCUUGCCACGGCAAAAAGGGGAUCUUUCCAUAACCUACGACGUCCUUCAAGUUUAUACAAAUAAUUAUCUUGUUCAGGUGACCAUGGACAAUCUUAACCCUUUGGGGCGCCUAGAUCAUUGGAACUUGACUUGGGAAUGGACGAGAGGGGAAUUCAUAUACAACAUGAAAGGUGCUUUCACGCGCGUUAUGGACUCUUCAGGUUGCAUCUAUGGUCCUGCAGGAGAGUACUACAACGACAUGGAUUUCACUAAAGUCCUUAACUGUCAAAAGAAUCCAAUAAUCAGUGACUUGCCUCCAGAGCAAUACAACGACACUGACAUUGGAAAAAUACCUUACUGCUGCAAAAAUGGCACUCUUUUACCUACCCUUAUGGAUCCAAGCCAGUCCAAGUCUGUUUUCCAAAUGCAGGUGUUCAAAAUUCCACCUGAUUUGGAUAAAACGGCUAUCUACCCUCCAUCCAGAUGGAAAGUAUAUGGAGUAAUUAACCCAGAAUACAAAUGUGGGUCACCGUUUAGAGUAGAGCCUUCACAAUUUCCAGACCCUAGGGGACUUGAUGCUUCAGUUUUUGCUAUAACAAGUUGGCAAAUAGUGUGCAAUAUCGCUAGGACAACCAGAAAGAACACUCGCUGUUGUGUUUCUUUCUCUGCUUAUUACAAUGAGUCCGUAAUUCCUUGCAACACAUGUGCCUGUGGUUGUGAUGAUACAGACCAUUGCAAUCCCAACGCAUCAGCAAUGCUUCUUCCUUCAGAAGCUCUUCUUGUGCCCUUUGAGAAUAGGACACUAAAGGCAGUUGCUUGGGCUAAGUUAAAGCAUUUUCGUGUCCCCAGAAAAUUACCAUGCGCUGACAAUUGUGGAGUCAGCAUAAACUGGCACAUAUCUUCAGAUUACAAAAGUGGGUGGAGUGCUAGAAUCACUUUGUUCAAUUGGAGGGCUUUGAAUUUUCAGAAUUGGUUCACUGCAUUGCAAUUCAAGAAGGCUUCUAUUGGGUUUGAGAAAGCUUAUUCCUUCAAUGGGACAUUCCUUCCACGAGUAAACCACACUAUUUUCAUGCAAGGAUUACUGGGAAUGAACUAUUUGAUGGGUGAAGACAAUGGAACAAACCCAAAGGUCCCCGGAAAACAACAGUCUGUUAUUUCCUUUACUAAGAAAUUUACACCAGGCAUCCAAAUAACAAAAGGAGAUGGGUUCCCUUCUAAGGUUCUUUUUAAUGGUGAAGAGUGUUCCCUUCCUACCCGAUUCCCUGUACGAAGUGGAAAUCAGCAUACUGUAGAUUUAGUUCAAAAACUGCUAGUCUUAGUUUUAGCUUUUACAGCGAGUCAAAUCUUGUAUUAG